CAAAUAAAGAAGUCAGACUAGGGUUUAGCACGGGCCGCCGCGGAGAGCAUCUUCUCCCGAUUUCCCUGCAACCCCUCCUCCCGAUCCAGCGUCCCUCCGCCGACCUCAGCCGUCGCCGCCGCCUGCAAGCCCACGCCCACCUCCUCCGCACCGCCGCCUCCUUCACCUCUCCCCCGCGGAGCCGAGAGCACGGCAAGCCAACCUCCAGUAACUUUCCCCGACGUCCGCAUCGAGCCCCGUCCGGAUCGAGCAACUGGACUUGGCGGCGGCGGGAUUGUUCUGUGCAGCGACGCAGGCAAGCUACACAGGAGGGUACUACUGGACACGUUUGUGAAGAGGACUUGAACACUGGUUCUCUGCGAUGGCGAACAUGAACAUAACCGGCAUCUUGGAGAAGAUGACCGGGAAAGACAAAGACUACAGAUACAUGGCUACAUCAGAUCUGCUCAGUGAAUUGAACAAAGAGAGUUUCAAAGCAGACCAAGACCUCGAACCAAAGUUGACGAAUAUUGUUCUUCAACAACUGGAAGAUGCUUCAGGAGAUGUUUCUGGCUUAGCAGUGAAAUGCUUGGCUCCACUUGUCAAGAAGGUUGGCGAGGAGAGAGUAGUGGAGAUGGGAAACAAGCUUUGCGAUAAACUACUCAAUGGAAAGGAGCAGCAUCGUGAUACUGCUAGUAUAGCUCUGAAGACAAUCAUUGUGGAAGUUACUACGACAUCACUUGCUGAAAAGAUCUUAAUUUCUAUUGCCCCACAGCUAAUCAAUGGUGUCACCAGUGGAAAAAGUGCUGAAAUUAAAUGUGAAUGUCUUGAUAUAUUAGGUGAUGUACUUCAUAGAUUUGGCAACUUGAUCACAAAAAAUCAUGCAUCUAUGCUCACUGCACUUCUUUCCCAACUAAACUGCAAUCAAGCAAGCGUUCGAAAGAAGUCAGUUUCAUGCAUUGCAUCGCUUGCUCCAUGUUUGUCAGAUGAUCUAUUAGCCAAGGCAACUCUGCAUGUUGUCCAAUUGCUGAAAAAUAGAAGUGCAAAGUCUGAAAUAGCCCGAACAAAUAUCCAGAUGAUUGGUGCUCUAAGUCGCUCAGUUGGAUACCGUUUUGGACCUCAUCUUGGUGAAGCCGUUCCUUUGCUCAUAAACUAUUGCACAAGUGCAUCAGAAAAUGAUGAAGAACUCCGUGAAUACAGCUUGCAGGCCCUCGAGAGUUUUGUGCUCAGAUGUCCAAGAGAUAUAUCCCCAUAUUGUGAGGGUAUUUUGAAUCUUUCUUUGGAAUAUAUAAGCUAUGAUCCUAAUUUCACUGAUAGCAUGGAGGAGGAUACUGAUGAUGAAGGACAUGAUGAGGAAGAUGAUGACGAGAGUGCUAACGAGUACACAGAUGAUGAGGAUGCAAGCUGGAAGGUUCGUCGGGCAUCAGCAAAGUGCCUGUCUGCAAUUAUUGUAUCUCGUCCUCAAAUGUUGUCCAAGAUGUAUCAGGAGGCUUGUCCAAAGUUAAUCGAGCGCUUUAGGGAAAGAGAGGAAAAUGUAAAGAUGGACAUCUUCAACACAUUUAUUGAGUUGUUACGCCAAACUGGUAAUGUAACGAAAGGGCAAGGUGACAUUGAUGAGUCUAGCCCUAGAUGGUUGCUGAAACAGGAAGUACCUAAAGUUGUCAAAUCUAUCAAUAGGCAGUUGCGUGAAAAAUCAGUCAAGACAAAGGUUGGAGCAUUCUCAGUUUUGAAGGAGCUUGUUGUUGUAUUACCAGAUUGUCUUGCUGAUCUUUUUGGUUCACUUGUUCCUGGGAUUGAGAAGGCUUUGAAUGAUAAAUCUUCUACCUCCAACCUGAAGAUUGAAGCCCUUGCAUUUUUAAGGAUUGUUAUGGCUUCACAUUCACCUUCUGUGUUUCAUCCCUACAUCAAGGCACUCUCUGGUCCAAUACUGUCUGCUAUUGGAGAUAGAUAUUACAAAGUCACCGCUGAGGCUUUACGGGUGUGCGGAGAGUUAGUCCGUGUCCUGCGUCCUAAUUUUGAGGCACAUUCUCUAGAUUUCAGGCCAUAUAUUGGUCCAAUCUAUAAUGCUAUUUUGGCCCGUUUGGCAAAUCAAGACCAAGAUCAGGAAGUUAAAGAGUGUGCCAUAUCUUGCAUGAGCCUUGUGAUCUCCACUUUUGGUGAUGGUCUUCAAAGGGAAUUACCUUCAUGCCUUCCCAUACUUGUUGAUAGGAUGGGCAAUGAAAUAACACGACUUACAGCAGUCAAGGCAUUUGCAGUUAUUGCAAACUCACCUCUUCGGAUUGAUCUUUCAUGUGUCCUGGACCAUGUGGUUUCUGAGCUCACAGCUUUCCUUCGGAAGGCCAACAGGGCUCUUAGGCAGGCAACAUUGGGAACCUUAAAUUCUCUGGUUGUCACAUACGGGGGUCAAAUUGGCUCUUCCUCUUAUGAAACGAUACUCGCUGAACUUUCUACCCUGAUAAGUGAUAUGGAUUUGCAUAUGGCCGCGCUUGCAUUGGAACUUUGUUGCACGAUAAUUGUUGACAGAAAAUCCAUUCAGAAUGUUGGUUUAGCUGUGAGAUCUAAAGUUUUGCCUCAGGCCCUUAUUUUGAUCAGGAGUGCUCUAUUGCAAGGUCAAGCACUGCAGGCACUACAGAAGUUUUUUGCUUCACUGGUCCAGUCUGCAAAUACGAGCUUUGAUACUUUGCUGGACUCGCUUAUUUCCACUGCCAAACCAUCACAGUCAGGUGGUCUUGCCAAGCAGGCACUGUCCUCCAUCGCACAGUGUGUCGCUGUUCUGUGCUUAGCAGCUGGUGAUCAGAAGUGUGCAUCAACUAUUGAAAUGCUUAAAGGCAUUCUUAAGGAUGACAGUUCGACUAAUUCGGCUAAACAACACAUGGCCUUGUUAUGUUUGGGAGAAAUUGGAAGAAGGAAGGACCUCAGCAAUCAUGUUCAAAUUGAGAAUAUUGUCAUUGAAUCAUUUCAGUCACCUUUUGAGGAGAUAAAGUCUGCAGCAUCGUAUGCUCUUGGAAACAUUGCAGUUGGCAAUCUAUCCAAAUAUUUGCCAUUUAUCUUGGAUCAGAUUGACAAUCAACAAAAGAAGCAGUAUCUCUUGCUUCAUUCACUGAAAGAGGUAAUUGCUCGGCAGUCUGUUGAUCAUACUGGCCAGAGUGAGCUCCAGGACUCAAACAUUGUGAAGAUAUUGGCAUUGCUCUUUAAUCACUGUGAAAGUGAGGAAGAGGGAGUUCGGAAUGUGGUUGCCGAGUGUUUAGGCAAAAUUGCUCUUAUUGAACCUCAAAAAUUAAUCCCUGCUCUAAAGGAGCGCACGUGUAGCCCAGCAGCAAACACAAGGGCUACAGUUGCCAUUGCUAUAAAAUAUUCUAUUGUCGAACGGGCUGGAAAAAUUGAUGAAAUCAUGUGCUCUGAGAUUUCUACUUUCCUUAUGUUGAUUAAAGAUAGUGACAGGCAUGUGAGACGUGCUGCUGUUCUAGCCUUGAGUACAGCUGCCCACAACAAGCCAAGUUUGAUCAAAGGUCUUCUUCCUGAAUUGUUGCCUCUUUUGUACGACCAGACUGUUGUGAAGCAAGAAUUGAUCAGGACAGUUGAUCUAGGGCCUUUUAAGCAUGUUGUUGAUGAUGGGCUUGAACUUAGGAAAGCUGCCUUUGAAUGUGUGGACACACUGCUGGAUACUUGUCUUGAUCAAGUGAAUCCGUCGUCCUUCAUUGUUCCUUUCCUCUUAUCUGGCUUAGGUGAUCAUUAUGAUGUAAAAAUGCCUUGCCAUCUGAUUCUCUCAAAGCUAGCAGACAAGUGCCCUUCUGCUGUUCUUGCAGUUUUGGACUCACUAGUUGAACCUAUUGAGAAAACUAUCAGUCACAAGCCAAAGGGAGAUGCGGUGAAGCAGGAGGUUGAUCGCAAUGAAGACAUGAUUCGCAGUGCUCUUCGAGCAAUUGCUGCUCUGAGCCGCUUGAGUGGUAGCGACUACAGCUUGAAGAUGAAGAAUCUGAUGAACAAGAUAACGGCCACUCCUUCACUUGCUGAGAAGUACAAUUCGGUGCGCAGCGAAUGAAAGCUGAGUUUUUGUAUAUGGUAGAAAAUAGGUGAGUCAACUUGGUUCAUGUGCCUGCCGAUUUGAAGGCAAAGAUCCCAACCUCUGCAUUGUAUGGAUUAUACCACCCAUUUGGCUCAAAAAGGUGGUGCCUGCUAAACUCUCAAACUUCUCCUGUACAAAAAUCUGGUAGUAAUCAAUUAAAUCUGGGAUGUAGUAAUAGCCAGUGCUAUGCAGUUUUAAA